GGGGCGGGCGGGCUGGUGGCGGUGCCGACGGACACGGUGUACGGCGUGGCGUGCCUGGCCCAGGACUCCGGCGCCGUGCGGAGCAUCUACAGCCUGAAGGGGCGGAACGGGAGGAAGCCGCUGGCCAUCUGCCUCGGGGACGUGGACCGCCUCUACAGGUACUGCCAGGUGAAUGUGCCGGACGAGUUGUUGCGGGACCUGCUUCCAGGGCCUGUGACCCUGGUCUUAAAGCGUUCAGAAGAACUAAAUAAAGACUUGAAUCCCUUCACAUCGCUGGUUGGUGUUCGUAUUCCAAACCACCCUUUUAUCAGGGAGUUGGCACGAGCUUGCUCUGGACCACUGGCUUUAACAAGCGCUAACAUCAGCUCUCAGGCGAGCACGCUGACGGUUUCGGAAUUCCAAGAGCUGUGGCCUCAGUUGUCCUUAAUCAUCGAUGGAGGCCCGAUAGGGGAUGUCCAGAGCCCAGAGUGUCGUUUGGGGUCAACUGUGGUUGACUUAUCUGUGCCGGGGAAAUUCACCAUCAUCCGUCCCGGCUGUGCACUGACAUCUACAGUUGAAAUCCUGAGGCAGAAGUAUGGCUUGGUACCGGAAUCAUCCUAA